GCUCCGCCUCGCCCGGCUCCGCCGCCUCGACCCGCAGCUCCCCUUCCGCGGCCUCGGCCGCCGCCGGCUCGGCCGCCGCCGCCCCGCUGGCUCCGGUUCAGCUUGAUAAUGUCGUCCAGAGACAUAUCCAUUUUGUCGCCCAUGAUGGCGGCUCCCUCCGGCUCCCGGGGCCUACACUUCCGGCCGCGCUACACCGGGGGCCGGAUGCGGAUGAGGCGGGGAGGACGCGAAAGCCGAGCGAGACGAGGAGGAGGAGGAGGGUGGGGGCGGGGAGAGAGAGAAAGAGCGCGCACGUGCAGUCUCGGCUGGGCGAAAGAAAGAAGAGGUAGCAGCAGGCGCCGUUGUGGCGCGAGGCUUUAUGGGAGCUGGGCCCGCAAGGAAACAUGGGAAGUCCCGUCAAGGGGCGGGACUUCCGGUACAAGGGGAGGUGAGCUUGGGCGCGGCGGUUGGAGGUGCGACGGAGGGUUCCGUUGAGUUGGGUUUUUAUCCUUGCUACCCCAGAGUCUGGCUGUUCUCCUCGUACCGCUCUACAGAGGGUUGGACUAUGACCUUUGGGGUUCCCCUCCUAUCAAUGCUCCCUUACUGCGCAUUACACCUGGAAUUGGUUCCCAGGCCUUCUAAAUACUCCUCUCUUCUGUGAGCUCGACCCCUUAGUCUGCACCCCCAACUGAAGCGAAACUUGUGUAUUUGCAUUUGCUCGCAUUCAUACUUUGCUUCCAUCUCUACUUUCUGGUCUUUCUGUCGUUUCCCUGACUGCUGAAAGUUAAGACGGUAUUCUCUUUGGAGCGGGUACUUUUAUAUGUCUUGUUCCUCUCUCUUGCUUUAGAACCUCAUAAAAUGAUACAGAAGUGACAGUGGUGCAAUAUUUUUAUUUAGACUGUUAUAAGAAUUCUGAGAAUAAAUCUUCAUAAAUGCACAAGGUAAACACACAUAUAGGGAUGCGGGUGGCGCUGUGGGUAAAACCUCAGCGCCUAGGACUUGCCGAUUGCAUGGUCGGCGGUUCGAAUCCCCACGGCGGGGUGCACUCCCGUCGUUCGGUCCCAGCGCCUGCCAACCUAGCAGUUCAAAAGCACCCCCGGGUGCAAGUAGAUACAUAGGGACCGCUUACCAGCGGGAAGGUAAACAGCGUUCCAUGUGCGGCGCUGGUGCUGGCUCGCCAGAUGCAGCUUGUCACGCUGGCCACGUGACCCGGAAGUGUCUGCGGACAGCGCUGGCUCCCGGCCUAUAGAGUGAGAUGAGCGCACAACCCUAGAGUCUGUCAAGACUGGCCCGUACGGGCAGGGGUACCUUUACCUUUAAACACACAUAUAAGUAUAUAAACCACAUGUCUGAAAUAGUACAGGAGAGCAAUUCCUGAGGCCAUCUUGACUCUUAAUAACCCCAACUAUUUCCUCUGCAGAAGGAAAUAGAUUGGAGAAGCGUUUGCCAGGAGUUCUUUUUGCUUACAAACCCUGUAUUGACUGCACAUUUGUGUAUGAAUAGGGUGGGCCUGUGAGCUAGAUGCAAAAACCAAAGUACUAACCAUUUCAAAAGAAUGGCAAGAUUGCCCAGGUAAUGCAAUCAGUAAAACAUCACAUAUCCUGGAGAGAAGCCACACCCUCAAAUUUCUGUGGUAGACAACCUCUUUCUGUGAUGUGUGUUUGAUGCUUUUAGAGUGGUCUUUGGCUAAGAGAUUGGGCAAUGUCUAUUUAAAGGGAUUUGCACACCUUUGUUCUGGGCCUCACCUCCUUGAAAGGAGAGGGGAACUGGUGCAACAGAAAAAUAAAGAUCUGCCAACCCCCAAAUUUUUCUACAACAGAACUAAAGACAAUGCCACAAAACUAUUUGCUACAGAUUGGAUGUUAGGAGAAUGGGAGAGGGGACCAAAAAUAUAUUCAGGGGCAUAUUUUACUGGCCUGUUAGUUGUAGUACCUAAGGUAAAGUGAGGUAAGUAAAGGAAAAUGUAGUCCUUUUAACAGUGCUGGAGAUGUUAUGUUUUUCUCUUUGCCUUUCAAAGAACUCAGGUGCUCCAUUUAUUUAUUUCUAUUUAAUAUCCUUAACUAAUUAAGUUAAAAUAACUUCUUUUCCUCUUCCCAUUUUGUUUGUUAGCUUAGUAAGUUAAAAUAACUUCUUUUCCUCUCCCCAUUUUGUUUGUUAGCUUAAUAUCUAGCCUCAGAAAGAGUAAUGGUGGACUCAAAAGCUCCCUUUCCCUAUUUGAUGUUUUAGAAUGUACUCGUAAAGAUACUACUGCUGCUUUUGGACAGACACGUUUACCUGCAAAUUUUGUUUGCUAGAAAGCAGUGACAAAAUAUCAGAGCUAAAUGUCUGCAGUCACCUGAACUGCUGCCCCCAAAUCUUAUGCCUAAUAGACCUGUCUUAGUUUGGGACUUCACUAGGGAAAUGGCAAGUAACAUUUAUGUAGCCAUCUGCAUUGUUGUGCUCAUAUCUGUAAUAGCUCAGCCUUUCCUAUAGUGGAGUUUUAAGAUAACAGUACAGCAUAGAACUGAUAAGGCGGUACACCUAAGAAUUGUCCUAGCACUCUUGUAAACUGAGAAAGUGGCCAAAUGUUCUUAUCUUGCUGUUCCCUAUCUGUAAAUUUGACAUACUCUCGAGUCUUCUUCAUAGUGUGAGGUGUUGUUGUUGUUGUUUAGUCAUUUAGUCAUGUCCAACUCUUUGUGACCCCAUGGACCAGAGCACGCCAGGCACUCCUGUCUUCCACUGCCUCCCGCAGUUUGGUCAAACUCAUGCUGGUAGCUUCGAGAACAGUGUGAGAAUAGUGUGAGGCAGUCAAGGUAUUUGAGAGAAAUUGUGCAAAAACUCUUAACAUCUUUAGAGAAACGUGAAGAAUGUACAGUUCUGAAGAUCGCAGUCUUUUUAACUUGGAAGAUCUGCAGAAACAGAAAAUGUCUUAUUUGACCUUUUACUUCCUCAGGUGCUAUCUUAAGCUUUGUACGUAGUCUGGACACAAUGAAAGUGAAAAUCAAGAGCUGGCAUGGCGUUGCCUCUUGGCUCUGGGUUGCCAAUGAUGAGAACUGUGGCAUUUGCCGGAUGGCCUUUAAUGGCUGCUGCCCAGACUGUGAGUAUCAGUUCACUGGGAUUUUCCUUAACCUUUGUGCACCAUCUUAUCCCAACUUUGCUCUAAUGGAACCUAUGUUUUGCAGGUAAAGUGCCUGGAGAUGACUGUCCCCUAGUGUGGGGCCAGUGUUCCCACUGCUUCCACAUGCAUUGCAUCCUCAAAUGGCUUAACUCCCAGCAAGUCCAGCAACACUGUCCAAUGUGUCGACAGGAAUGGAAGUUCAAAGAGUGACACUGGCAAGAUUUCUUCCUCUCCCCAACACCUCUUUGGCUUUUGUGGACUGAUUUUUCCCCCCACUCCCUUCCCCAAGCUUGGCGAGCUUGCUACUUUAUAAUGCCACACUUACCUUCAUCCUCCCCAGAGCUGCUGAAGAGAGAGGUGGAUGUGGGAACACAGCUACUACAUGUUACAAUAUCCUAUGUUUUUUCCUCUGUGCUGUGAUCACAAGGUCUCUACAAUGUAUGAAGUAUAAGGCUAUGCUGUUUGGAAGGUUAGAAUAUCAGACAGGCAAAUGUCAUGAGAGAUUUGUGCUAUUUUACAACAUCUGAACCACCUCGUUAAUGUUUAUGUCUGUGUCUUGGUGAAUUGCCUUGGUAAUGCACAUGAGGUGCUUGCAAAUGAGGCCUGAUUUCAGGGAGCUGCUUUGCUCAACUGCAUGAAAGGUUAAGAAAGCUGUUCUAAAUCUUCUUGUUAAACUUAUACCCCAACUAUUGUAGUCUCUUUAAAAUUAUUUGUAAUUUAUUUUUAAUUAUUGUUUAACAAUAAGAACAGCAAACAUCACCAACUAUUGCAUUCUGAGGCGUGAAGCAGUUAACCUCUUUUCUGUUCCUUACAAGUAGCACUUAUAUAUGAACAAGGAUUCUUGGUUUCCUGUUGCUAUGUAGCCCCACUGAUAUCAGUAUAGUUUGGUCCAGGAUCUAAGCUUUUGAGUGUAAAUAGUGUUAGAGAUUGGGGGUUGCUCUAGGCUUGUGUCCUCGUCUUACUACACAUUUGGCCUGCAGUACGAUAAUAUGUUUGUUCCCAAAAGGCUGUAAUACCAGAUCUUUCUGAUUGCCAAGUGCUUGCCCACAGUGAGUUACCAUUUGUACAUGGGAUGGUUCCAGUAAAUUUUGUGAGUCAUUCCUUUAAUGUUCCUGCCUCCUUCUUUCAUCCGCAUGGGGGUUCUUCAAGAGUGCAGUUUUCUUAUCUGUGGCCAAUGCAGUGAGGUGAUCGGAUGUGACCUGUGGGGAAGGGGGAUGUCCUCAUUCUUCUUAAAAGCUUAACUAAAAUUACUUUUAAUGGGAAAAAUACUCUUGCACUAGCUUAGCUGUGUAGCCACACAGCCUACAGACCAGCUGUUUGUGAUGCUUCAUCCUGGCUGUUGGGUGCCCAGUCCUUUCUGCUGUGUAUGCUACCCCCGCCUGCAAUGUGUAAUUGGCGCCCCUUUAUGGCACCCAAAUGAGAAGGUGGUGUUAGUAAACGGUUCCAAUCUGUGACCUUUUGAACACAGAGCAUGGUAUUGCUAACAAAAUGGUAAGCUUACUCUCCUAAAGGGAAAAUUUCCAGAGGCAAAAAGUCUACCUCUCAGCGCCCCCAAAGCCCUCCCCAGCUUUGAGAGAUGUGUCCUUUCAAAGCAACCCCGCUCCAAAACAGUGAUAGACUCAAAACAACUUUUAAAAAGGCCACAGAAUUUCACUUCAGUUAACCUAUGUUCUACCUCAGUGUUUCUAAAAUACAAUGAGGCCCCACUUUUACACCCAAAAAAGUUUAUUCUAGGGUGCAACAGGGUGAGAAGUGCCUGCCUGAAGUAUAGCCUGCCCUUUGUGUUUUCUCGUGAGUCACUGUGUUGUAUCUGUUUUGCAGAUACACCUGCAAUUUAUGCAGGGGUUAUGUUCUGGGGAUCGCUCCUAAAGGCAAAGUCAUAUAGUCACAAUGUGUUGGGUUCAGUGGCAGGUGGAACUGCCAGAUAUUUUUCUUGAGAGAUAUUUCCCCCUUUUUAUUUUUAUUAUUGCCAAGUGUGUAGACCUGAAUGGAAACAAGUUAAAUGUGUGUAAGUUGUGGGCUUACUCUGUUAGAUGAGGGCUAGCGCACAGCUGAAACUCAUGCAGAGGCACAGUGGGCAACAGAAACCUCUGAGAAUUCUCCCAUAUGUGAGGGAAUGAUCCAGCUACAUCCAGAUGCAGAGAUGUUGCAGAAUUUCCUAUCGCCAGCAGUGGCUGGAAGGAAGCAAUGCAAGAGCAGAGAUGCCAAUGUCACCCUCCUGUUUAUUAUUUAGACUCGGGAAUAUCUUAAUUUAUUUCUCAUUAUAUCAAAUUUGGUGAUUACCGUUCAACCUGUUUAUAUAGUUACUACAAAAGCAAGAGUUACAGGAUUAUUGUGUCUAAAAUUCUUCACUUUGUUCUCGGUCCCCCAAGAGUGCUGCAAUGGUGCUGGUUGACUCCUUAGCUCCAGCUACUGGGGCCAGUGGUCAGGGAUGAUCAGAGUUGUAGUCCAGUGAUACCUGGAGGACUACAUUCUGUUUACCUGUUUUAAAGUAUUUCACACUUAAUGCUUUGUUGCAGGAAAGCCUUGGUAACUUGAAAUUUGCUCUUUGUCCAAUAUAUCAACUGAGGUGCCAAGUAUGGUUCAUGCUGUCAUUUCAGUCUGCAGAAAGUGUUGGCGUUGUUACAAAGUAUGUGUCUGAACCCAAAUGCAUGUCCAGCACUCACAUGCAUACACAAGAGGUUUAGGAUCUUUUGCUAGAAUUAUGACAUGUGUCUGUAUGAAUAUGUGUUUUCUCCUAACCCCUUGCCCACAAAAAGUUCUUACACAAAAGACGUAAAGAAAACUCGGUUUAUUGUUAUAUGAAAUGAAAGUGACAGAAAAUAUAUAGAUGUUGCUUCAGACAGCAAAAUUACAAAUUAAGCAGGCAGCAAAUUCUACAAUACAUACACACCUUGAUCUAAAGAGUGAAAGAAUCCCCAACGUUUCUCAAAAUCCUUUAGAAAGUGAGUGUGACAGUUUUCCCACAGAACCCACACUAAUAGUCAGGAAAUGGAGGAGGAAGGAUAUGCCUGUCCUUAAGGGAAAGUGAGUGUGGGUUCCUUGAGAGUACUAAGUUCCUUGUCUGAGCUUGGAGAGCUAACUAACCAUUGAAGACCCAAUAUUUUUGCACUAAUUUUAGGCUAUGCAUUCUAAUGGAGAAGGGGGGAAGGCUUUGAGAUGAGCAAUUCCUAUACUUCCAGUCGUUCUAUUAUUUCUUCCCAGAUUUUCCUGCCUCUUUCUCAUUUUGUUUAUACUGCUUAAUGUAACACUGGAAGAAUAUAAUCCUAGUAAGCAAUGACUAAACUAGUUACCCUUGUUUGCUUCCUGUCUUACAGUUAAUCUUAUCAUUUUAUCUGUGGCACACCCAUUCUUUAGCAGGUGUUGAUUAGAUUUUACUGGGGUGGUGCUGUGGGUUAAACCACAGUCCAAGUAGAAUUUAGAUAGCACCAUGGUUCUCACCUUUUCAAACCAAUCUGUAAAAAAAAAUUAUAAAAAGGGCACUUGUCCAAAUUAGUCAAUUUAACUCUAUAAGGGAUCAUUCCUGCUAAAUCAAGGCAUAUAUACCUUCGUGUAUCUGGUGUUUUCACGGAUCCUGAAGCUUCUCCUUGGUAAAAUCAGUUUUAACACAUUUUAAAAUCGGUAGGGAAGGUUGGUAGAGUGCAGAGUGCCAGGUGGGACAAGGAAAUGUGGUCAUAAAUUGAUCUAAUCUAAAUAUUGGACUACACAAUAGCCUGAUCUAUUAGAAAACAUAAAAUGCAUGAGAAUCCUCCAUUGGGGUGUAAAGCAAUAAGACACUAUACAUUAAACAUAAAAACACACAAAAAUUGGGUCACACACCCCCUUUGUGGAAAUAACAUAUACUGUGAGAGAUAGUUCGAUGUUUCUGCAUAAUAUCACACAACAUAAAACAUAAUAAUUAUAUAUCAAUUGCAUGUCUUGAGGCCAAUUCUUGCUGCUUUUACAUAUCUUUUCAAACCUAGGGCAGAGUCUUGAGGUCAAAAAAGAGAAUGCCCUUGCAAUUCAACUUCCCCCCUUUGUCAGCCCCCCACUCCCUGUCAGUCUAUGUCCUUUGGAAAGAGAUUGCUGUGGCCACUUUGAAAACUCUGGUGUCUGUUGUUGUUGCAGGUAAUAAAUAGUCUUGUGGUCAUGAGGAAUUGGGCUGAGGGUUUUCCAUCAUUGGGUCUGCAUUAACAUCUGUAGAAGGGAUAUCCUGUAAGGGGCAGGGUUUUCGGGACUUAAAAACACAGAGAAUAUCCUUGCGUUUUCUUGGGAAACUGCAAACAAUAAAAAAAUCUUAGAGUUAAGCAUUUUAUUCAUUUCAAUAUUAUCACCUUUUCAUAUAAUUACUACUGUUAUUUUCUCCUCAGUCUGUUUAAUUUAUUUCACUUAGUUUGGCUGUGGAAGAAACGAAGGGACAAAACUUUUGUUAAUUUGGACACAAUUGACAAGUUAUUAAAUAUUUUCCUUAUGCAGGUUUGAGUCUUCUUAGAGGUUUACGUAUCCUGUUUGAAAGGGGAAAUUAUUUCAUGUGAAAAUCUCUGUCAGGAAAUGCUGUUCCUAAAAUGCAUAGGUAUAUACACACAAAACAAAACCUAUUAUAAAAUUCAUUAAAACCCUUUUUUUCUUUUUAAAAGUAAAAACUACUCAAGAGACAAACUUAUAGUAAGACUACUCUGAUAUUUAUACUUGUGGAAAGAAUUUGGCAUGUUAGAUUUGGAACUUGGCAACCUCUUGACUUUUGAUGGUCCAGUACUUAACCCCUUUUGUUUUUCCUUAAGUAGCCCCUGGAGCAAAGGACACGUAAGGGUGAUUUCCCUCAGUGGUUCCAAGUUUACAUAAAUAAAAUUGAAUAAAUUUCUCCUUGCAGUCAGCUGUCUCCCCAAACCUCCUUUUUUUCCUUUUCCCUCUCUCUCCCCCCGCCUCUCCUUUAAGCUGACAUAGCCUCUGUGCAUGUGCAGAGUUCAUGUUUCAGCAAAUCUUUUAUACCAUUAAAAGUGUUGCAUCUUUGGGCUAAUUACCAUUUGAAUAAAGGAAGGGAAGGGUAAGGAAUACAUUUUAAAAUAGGGUUAGAUUUAAAACAAAAAGAGAAACCCAGCAAUUCAAGUUUUCACCAAUGCCAGCAAUAGAAGUUGGUCAAAUUAAAUUUGUUAACUCAGUUCUAAGGAAUCAUGUUUCCUGCAGCCCAGGCAAAGGGAAUUGGAAGUAUCUGCCUCCUUUAUGUACAGGAAAUUAGGGUGCAGGGCUAUCAUUUUGUGUGCCCCCCCCCCGGUCAUUCAUGGAACAAUCACUCACGCUCCCUUAUGUAUGGGUAAAAAUGGCCAGAGUGUCAGAUUUCCUAAGAUCUUUAACAUUCUCAGUCAUUUCAGCCUUACCAUUUGCAGACAGUUUUUUCUGCCCUUUAUUUACAGGGGUGGUCAAGGCUCAUUCUACUUGAUUAUGAAUUUGUAUGUGCUUAAACUCUGAAUAGACUUUGAAGUCUGAUUUUAAAUAAUAGACAAAAUGGUAAAAACUGUUAGAGAAUGACUCAAAUGCUUGUUAUCGCCAGCUCUGCUUCAAAACAUCAUGGCUUUCACCUCUCACCCUUUAAAACUCUCUACUGUAUUCUAAACUCUGAAAACCAAUCUUUCCAUCUUUCUGUACCAAAAAGCAAAGCUGGGCUGAAUUUCAACCCAUCAUCUUACACCAGAACUUAAGAAUUACCCUCCAGUGCUUUCAGACACAUUGCACAUAGCCAUAAAUUGGGAGUUGGAAGGGACCCUGGGGUCACCUAGUCCAACCCUUUAAAAUACAGGGUUCAUAGCAAUAUUUGCACUACAGCAACCUUCCUGCCUCUUACAAUCUGAAUUCAGAGUUCCUACUGAAUGCUUGAGGUCAAUUUGUUCAGGACUUUUUUUCUGUGGGGUUUCAGACAUGUGGUUUAUAUAUUUAUGUACGUGUUUGCUUGGUACAUUUAUGAACAUUUAUUACAUAUCUAAGACCUUAAAAUAUUUCUCUGCAAGGUCAAAGUGGGAAACAUCCCCAUUGUCUCUUUCCUCACAAAUCCUGUCUUAAGGGCACAUUUAAGAUAUGAAUAGGGUGUGAGCCUGUGACCUGGCUCAGGAACUAAGUAUUUAUCAUUACAAAAGACUGGCCAGGCUCCCCAGGGUAUCCAAUCAAGUAAGCAUUAACAGGUAACCUGCCAGACAGGAGACAAACAACGCACUCAGAUUUAUUUUGAUUGAGGUAUGAUGUGUCUGGGGGGUGGUCUUGAGCUACGCCCUUUCUGUGAUGUAUGUAUGAUGUUUCUGGGGGUGGUCUUGAACUCCAGGGCGGGCAAUUUAAAAUGUCUAUAUAAGGGCGGACACACCUGGGUUCUGGGUCCUCCUCCUCCUCCUGCGUGUGAAGGGGGCACCUGUUGCAACAGUUCAAUAAAGAUCCGGCUUACUAGCUGCUUUGCUUCUCAAUAGUCUCUGGUUGGCCUCUGUUAUUUUUCUCUGACCGAUGGAGAACCUGCAAAGGACUCUACAUGGGCUCUUGUGUAUCCCAUAAGGGAAUAAGGGCAGAUUUCCAUUUAUUACAGUAAACAGUUCCACCAAUGGGGCACUGCCACAGAGUAGGCUCUGCCUUGCUGCUGCCCCAUGGGCCAUAUCUAUUUGUGGUAUCUGUUAGGAUAUAGUUCCGUUCCACCUUAAAAGGGAACAGGCAUGACUGUUGUGUGUCACAUGCCUGUUUACUUCCAGCGCUUGCUGGGAACUUCCAUUUGUAUAUAGCUGCUGUAUUGCUGCUGUUUUGCUGGACACGAAGGGAAGCAGACAUGUUUUUUCCUUUGUUCUUGCUGCUGAAUAAAAUGCUGUAAUAUGCUGCUU